CACAGUUUCCCAGACUGAAGACACUUUUCCGUGCUUCUUCUUCCUUAACAAGUGAAUAUCCAAGGAUGCAUUCUGCAAUGGCUUUUGGUCCUGUUUUGUUCAUCGCUUUGCUUUUGUGCGUUGAAACAAAGUUCUACAGACCAUUCCAGUUUCAUCAGUAUGACCUUGGGCUCAGUCCACACAACGAACAAGGGAAACCCACCAGCAGACACAAGAAUCACUGUGCCUACGUCGUAGAAAAAACCGUGUCUUUCACCCUGCAAGAUGGGGCUGCUCCUUAUGUAAAAGCUGAGUACAACAAAUGUUCCUGGGGCCAUAAAUGUCCAACUCUUUUGUAUCGUCUGAUGUACAAGCCGAUCUACAAGGUGGCACAUAAAACUGUCACAGAGCUGGAGUGGCGUUGUUGUCCUGGGUAUUCUGGUUAUGACUGCAUGGAGGGACAUCCAGGUCAUCACUAUCCAAUGAGAAUGAUGCCACCAUUUAUGGGUCCACCGGAGAAAGGCCCACAGUAUGAGGGACCACAGCACAAAGGGCCAAUGUUCAAAGGCCCAACUGUUAAGGGCAAUGUGAAAGCCAAUCCGUGGAGUCAACUGAAGGGACCCAAUUCCAUCCCAAUACCUCACUUUGGGCCUCCAAGAUCUUCUUCUUAUCCAGAGGGCUCUUUUGAGCCAUACCCAUCUGAGCCUGAACCUUUACCGGAGAACCAGGAUACACAUCUCACAGACAGCAACCAGGAUCAUGAGCACAGCCAAGAACCAGAAGAAAUUAUGCCUGCUGAAAUCUUAGCUCCUCAGUCUGGUGAGGACCACCACGAAGCAGGUGCCAUAGGCCACAGUCUAAACUCUGAGACAGAAGAGCGAAUAUACAGAAUUGAGGAGGAUGUGCGGCGUCUCAGCCAGGGUUUUGAGACUCUGAGGGGAACUCUGACUGGACUGGAGGAUAGCCUGCGAGCCUCUCUGAGAGAGGAUGCAAACAGGAUGCUGUCGGCCCUGCUCUCUGCUGCCCCUGGUCCUGUUCCCGCUCCAGCUACACUCUCCAACCCAUCCACUGUAGGGUUCGUUGAGAUUCCUGCGGGCCACCCCGAGGCAGAGGGUUUAGAUGGCAGCCACGUGUUUCCAGGCCUCACACAACUGAAUGGAAGGGUAGAGGAGCUCAGGACGGAGCUGCAGGCCAAGACAGCGGAGCUACGGGAGCUGAAAGCAGCAGUUAUGGGAAAGGAUGGAAGACUAAAGACGGUUUCGAAUGGAGCGGGAACUGCAUCAGACUCCAGUGGUGAUCUUGGGGGAGCUAUGGAGGAUUUGAUGGAUGCCAAACUGAGCGCUGCCAGAACAGAAAUCCUCGGCGGGCUGGAGAAGCGUGUUCAGAGCGCAGAGGAGCGAUGCGAGGAAAAAGCUGGAGAGGAGCAGCGGCAGUGCCAGAGGGAGCACCACAAGCAGCAGCAGCGGAUGAGAACCACUCUGGAAGAAAGUACAUCAAAGCUGAGAUCUGACCUGGAAAACAUCCAGGCACAGAUCCACGGCUUGAAGGCCACAGAAAGCUGCUGUGGACAGAUGAACGAACUAACAGAAAGAAUUCAGCUGCUGGAAACAUCAGUGUCAAGCCUCAACAAGUCCCAGGGACACCUGAGCAGGGAGCUUGGUGCUCAUAAGGACCAUAUAGAGGGAAUGCUGGAGGGCCGCCUGGGAUAUGUAGAGUCCAAGCUCAACCUGACUGGACAGAUUAAAAGUUAUGAAUCUGGGAGGAGGAAGUUUGUCCUCGACAAUGCUGUGACAGGACAGGGCUUGGAGACCAGGGUGGAGGAGAAGUUGAGAGCUCUAGAGGACCGAUUGCUGGCAGCUUUGGAGGAGCUGAAUAACGCCACUGUCCCCACAGUGCUGGAGGGUCAUGCUGUUCCGACUCUACAGACAGAGCUGGAGGCCCUCCGAGGGAAACUUGAUCUGGAUGUCGACAGGGUGCAAAAACACCUGGACAGCCUCCAGGACCUCUGCUCCUCUUCUUGUUCCUCACCUCUAAAAUCCGACACCCAGGCAGACUCUGCUGGGCCAAGUGAAAACCAGCAGAUGGAGCAGAACGUUAAAAAGGCAAUGGGUGUACAGACCGACCGUUUGAACAGUCUCAAUGUUACGGUGCAGAAGAUCUUAAAUAAGCUGACUCUCAGGGAUCAACAGAUGCAAGCAGAGGAUAAAUCUCCGCUCGAAGCAGAGCUGACUAUUCUCAAGUUCAAUGUCCGCUCUGUCAACCAUACCCUGAGAGGCCUCAAGGAUUCUCUGGUGACUGUGGUCCACCAGGUGGAUCAAGCCAACAGCACCUGGCAUGACAGAGAGGUCCGUCUGGCCCAGCAAAUAAAAGGUGUGGUCCAGCUGGUGGGACAUCAGGCCUCCAUGCUUGGUGCAGGUGAGCGCAGACUGGCCCGACUCAAAGGUGAGCUGCACGACAUGAAGAGGCGACUGGCUGAGGAGGUGCGGGGGUGCCGGAGCACAGCUUUGGUGGUGAAGAAAGAGGUCACUGAGGUUGGGGGGCGUGUAGCAAGCGUUGAGGACCGGUGCAAGGGCCUGAAUCACCUGGCGGAUGACCUGGAGAGAAUCCGGGAGGAGCUGGAGCAGCAAUCGACCGGUCUCCUCCUGCAGAUCAAUGGGACUCUCUCCAGCCACGCUCAGCAGCUGGACGAGCUGAAGGGCGAGGUGAAAAACUGCAUUUCACGGCCAGAGCCAACACAGAGCUUCGAGGUGAAGCCAGACGGGAGUCGAGGGGACACCUUCACUUUGCAGUAG